AUGGCAGAACGUGAAAGAAGAGCGGGUGAUAGAGUAAGGCUGUCAUUGAUCUCUCUUUCUUUCGCGCCUUUUCUCGCUCCCUUUGUCUGUCUGCUCUCUCUCACUCUAUCUUGCUCUCGCUUUCUUUCUGUGGAUGCGUCCUCGCUCUACGAAGCACGGCGGAGUUCGGACAGCCUGCCGCCUUCUCCUCUCCUCUCCGUCGAGUUCUUCUGGAACCCUUUCUCGUGCGCGAAUCCGGAGGAAGAGUGGGAGGCCGCAUCCGGCGGAGGAGUCCACCGCCGAAGACGCCGAGGUCACGGUCGGCGCCGCCUCACGGAGAGGUCGUACGUUCCCAGGCUUCUGCUUCCCUGAAAGGCCGCUCCGGGUAUGUUCUAGUGCCGUCUUUCGACGAAUUCUCGCCUUUCGUUGAUUCGGGGGUUAUGUUCUAGUGCCGUCUUUCGAUGGGUUCGUGAUUUUCUGUGUCGGGGGCAUCUUCUUGUGGACUCUUUGGAUGGGAUCUUUAUUUUCUUUGAUUUGGACUUUCGGUUGCCUGCGGUGGUGCGGGUGGUGCGAGAUUGCUGAAGAACGCUCUGGCUUUCCUCCUUCCUCUUAUUUAUUUACCUUCUUCCGAUUUGUUUUGCCGCUUCGUUGCUGAUUCGAUUUGAUGUUUGGUCUGGGUAGGGGGAUCUAUCUUCUUCUUUAGACUUCCAUCCGAUUGCUCUUUGGGGACGGAUGAGUGUUACCGUCUGGAGGAGAAAAGAUUAUUUCAGCAAGGUUUAUCGAUUGACGGUGACGGGUGAGCGUGUUGAAUCAAGGGGCACAUUCGAUUUUCGGAUCGCUGAGCGAUCGACCAGUUUCUGGAGAAGAACCCGGUGAUUUCCGGCAGGAAACAACACCCUCCGUACCUGCAGCUCUCCCGAGCGUUAUUCCCCACCCAGAAAAACCAUCAGAACUUGGUGGCGGGCUGUCCUGUUGAGAAAGCAGCUGGAAUCGAGGGAGGAAGUGUGGACGAGGUUGUCGGGCUACAGGAGGAAGCGAGGAUGUCUCCCAUCCCGGAUCGGGUACAUGCUUCGACGUCCCUCAUUCCUUUCCUUGACGGCGACUGUAGAGAGCUUUCUCUCUCCAUCCCAAAGCACAUCACAUCUUGACAAUAGGAAUGUCCUAUCCAAAAUCGACAGGUGCAGGUCGGAAAUUCUCCAUUAUACAAGGUAGAGAGAAUGUUGGGUGCAGGAGGUUUUGGGCUGGUCUACAUUGGACGAAGGGUGGCUGGUGGAUCUCAGGGCAAUGGGCCCAAUGCCUUUAAGGUUUAGUUUCAACCUCCCAUCACUCCUGCCAAGGGAAUCUUUAAAUACUGCUGUUUUAUGUUGUCUCUUUCAUUUUCCUGCGGUGGGUGUAGGUAGCACUGAAGUUUGAGCAUAGAAAUAGCACGGGUUGCAGAUUUGGCCCCCCAUAUGAAUGGCAAGUUUAUGAGUAAGAAGACACCCCCUACUGCUCUAAUUUAUUACGUAUUGUGUCGAUCUAAAACUACGUUCUUCAUCCGACUUUGUGAAUAUGGUUUUAGCCAUCUCAAGGGAUGCUAUGGAUUGCCUAGGGUGCACUACAAGGGCCGCCAAGGAGAUUAUUUCAUCAUGGUUGGCGUAGAGUCUUUCAUUUUAUUGUUUCCUCGAAUGAUGUUUUUUAUUGAAAGCUAAUUAUGAUAUUGUUGAUGAUGAUUGCUGCAGAUCAUGGACAUCCUUGGACCAAGUCUCCUGGAUGUGUUCAUAUCCAUUGGGCAAGUGUAAGAAAAUAAUCUUGACUUCAUAUUCAAAGUCAAUAUUCUGUUGAGAAUUGUGCUAUUGAGUUUGACUAACUCCUUGGACAGAAUGCCACCAAAUAUGGUGGCUUGUAUUGCUGUGGAGGCAAUAUCCAUCCUUGAGAAGCUACACCAAAAAGGGUACGUAUGGCUUUGUGGCAGUGUGAUAUUUUUUCAAUUAAAUUUUUGCAAAGGUCACAGUAAUCAAUUCAUUGCUCCCUUGUGCACUCCCCUCCCUCCCUCCACCCACACAAAAAAAAAAACAUGCCAGGUUUGUGCAUGGAGACGUCAAGCCAGAGAAUUUAUUGUUGGGUAAACCCGGAAGCUCAGGGGAGAAGAAGCUUUUUCUCAUCGACUUUGGGCUGGGUAUGUUGCUGCAUUCCAAUCACUUCUUGUUUUCACCUUUCGCACCUAUUGAUUUUAGAGUAGGGUUUGUUUUUCCAAGUAUAUAAACAAAUUCGUCUUGACUGAGAAGUCCCUGUCUGUAUCAACAUCAGUGAUAUUUUUGUGCUUUGUUCAGAGCCUGUACAAAUGCUAAUUGGUGUCAUUAAUAUUUUAAUCAGCUUCAAUGUGGAGGGACAGUUUGUCAGGCCAGCAUGUCAGCUUAUGCCAACAGCCAGAUAAUUUCAGGUUUUUUGGGAAACGAUAUUCUAUUUUUUCCCUAAAUUCUUAGCUAAGAGGAGGAUUCAUAAAAUCUUACCCCUACCUUACUAUCUAUCUCAUGUUCCCUAGGGGCACAACACGAUAUGCAAGCGUCCAUGCACAUUUAGGCCUCACAGCGAGUAGAAGAGAUGAUCUUGAGUCAUUGGCCUACACUCUGAUUUUUUUGAUUAAAGGAAGGCUGCCGUGGGAAGGCUAUCAGGUUUGCUUUCACCUCUACUUGUACAUGUUCUCCCAUCUCUUUGAUUGAUCACUUGCUGAUUCUUAUGCCAACUAUGUAGGGGAAUGACAAGAGGUUUCUAGUCUUCAUGAACAAGACUGUAACCUCCCCCGAGACGCUGUGUGGUGGCUGUCCCCCUCCUUUUGCACAAUUCCUUGAAGCAGUGAAGAAGAUACAAUUUGUUGAGCAGCCCACCUACUCGAAGCUCAUUUCUCUUUUUGGAAGCUUGAUAUGCCCCCCCUGCACCCUGUUAAAGACCAUUCGGAUUGAUGCAAUUUUGAAGGUGGUUGCAAACAUGACAUCACUGAAAUUACCUCACAUAUUUUUAUUUUAUGUCAGAUGGUUUUAUCUCUUUUUCAUGGCUCUAUCAUCUGUUGUUAAAUAGGCUGACCAUGUUUCCAACAGGUUCACCAAAAACGUGGAAGAUUGCAGGUAA